UGGAGAAACUUCCAAAUCCAUCGGACUUAUACUGCCACAAAUUUUUUCGCUGGAUUGGUCUUGCUGUAACAUAACCAUAUUUUCGAUGUCUAAAUUGGCCUGACGUUCAGCUAUGUGUCGUGAAAUAGCAUUCAUUGUCCACUUAGAGCUCCCGGUAAGACGCUUUCGCUUACAAACGUUGUUGUCAUCGUCACUCCGCUGAGCCAUGUUUUUUCACUAAAUCACUGUCGAAACAAACAAACCUAUCACUUGUGCAAAGUCAGUUAACUAACGUAGACGAUGAAAUGAAUUAGUGUGUCAUCGCAAAAAGGCAGCAGCCGAUUGUCCGAUUGUCAAAUGUCUGUGUUUAGGGAUGCUUUCGGAAUCGAUCAUAGUUGUCUCACUUGUCGCGGGAAGGGAAUCAGCUGAUUGCACGCUACAGCACCUUUACUUGAAUCUGUGCAAGCCAUUUUUAACACGUUUUCGUGUAGGCAGAAUAUAAAAGUGCUUUUUCUCCUAAAUUGUGAAUUGUCCUGGCGUUGACCCAGGUCAUUCAAAAUGUCUUCUAAGAAGAGUUCUUACUUGGAUAGCAUCCACAUUUUGUUCAAAGUUAAGUCCACUGGGGACUACACUGUUGGAACUGCUGGGAUGAUAUCGCUGCCUAAGUUACCAUUAGAGAAUUUAGUUCUUCUCGACAAAAUUCAAAGUCUAAUGGAUUCUAAGGAUGAGAUUAAAAUCAGGCUAGAGAACUUAAACGGCAAAAGACAAGUCCUUGUGGCCACAAUUCAUGAAUUUUCAAAAAAACCGACUGGCCGGUCGGAAAUGGAAAAACUUCGAACACAAAUGGAUGCUUCUGGUGAAAUAUCCAACAAAAUUGACGAAGAGGAAAAGAACAGGGCUGAUGAAGAGGCAAAAAAAGGCUGAAGAAGAGGCAAAGAAAAGGCUGAAGAACAAGCAAAGAAAAAGGCUAAUGAACAGGCAAAGAAAAGGGCUGAAGAAGUGACAAAGAAAAGGGCUGAAGAACAAGCAAAGAAAAAGGCUGAAGAACAGGAAAAGAAAGAGGCUGAACAGCAGGCAAAGAAAGAGGCUGAAGAAGCAUCUUUAAAGAAAAAAGCUGAUACUGUAAAGAAUAAUUCUCAUAUGCCUGUUGCUAAAAAGAGACUAACUUAUUACAAUGAAGACGUCGAACAAUCUCAUUCCUUAUCUUCUUCAUCUCAGCUUAAUGAAGAAAGUGAUGCCGAUACACAGAAAGAUUUGUUCGAGGAGUCAUCAGAUGAAAGUGAUCACGAAAACUCAACGGAUGGUUCAAAUGUCGCCGAUAGACAAAACAUAGAUGAUGAUGAGGAUAGUUUGUAUCAUAAACCGUCUACUGGUGUUUCUAAAAGCAACACCUCUGCGUCCCUUAGUUCAUCGACCAUUUUAACAGCUUUGGAAAAUACGGCAGAAGAAAACUGUGGUUCCGUGUUAGUAAAUAACCAUUCAACACCCUCUCGUCAUCAGCAGAUGUUGGAUAUGAAAAACCGAAUCAGCGAUCUUGAGAGUGAAAAUGGUUUUCUUUACCACAAGUUGGAUGAAAAAGAUGAGGAAAUUGAAUCCCUUAAAGCUGAUAUUCUUCAAUUACAGAGCAAAAAUCCAGAUAAUUUGGUUGAGAGAAUUACUGCUGCACUUUCGGCAGUUAAUGGAACGACGAGAGUUUCCGUGAACGAAGACAAUACUGCUGCCACUCAUAACGUCUCAAGACACUCAACGUCAAGGGAGCACGUAAUGGUACAACUAGUUCAAGGGCACAAUUUGAGAAUCGAGAAAUCUGAUCUGAAAUUUGCCAUUACUAUUGGAAGGCUAUCGAGCGGAAAUCUCCACCUGAUGGUCAACAAAAUUAUGGAAUCCAUUUACACCCGUGUGUUUAUGAGUAAUCACACGUUGACCGGAAUGGCCCCUAGGGCAAAGAAAGUCGGAAACACGCCGCCAACACCGGUUAAGCCUGGUUUGCCCAGGGAAGAUGUUUUAGCUAUAACUCUAUUCAUGAUUCAAGCAUGGAAGUCUUAUCACAACCAAGUGAUCAAACCAAAGGAUGUGAGAGUUGCAAUACGCUCAAAAUUGUCGACCGAGACUAGGGCCAUUCUGGCAAUCAACACAACGGAUUUGGAACCUGGCGUAAACACCGUAGAUGAAGCCAACGAAGAUUCUGCAAAUUAGUCAUUCCUAAAGUCACGAUUUCAUGCGAUUUCACCAUAUCUAGGCAAAUAGAAUUUGCCUGUUGUGGUUUUUAAUUUUUAACCUAGCUCCCAUCACAAUCCAUGACUCAGUUAUUCAAUCAUUUUUUUAUCGGAUUGAUGGAUCUCUUAACUAUUUGUUGUUUCGAAACUGGGGUGUUCUUAUUUGGGGUGUUAUCUUAAUUAAUGUUUUAAAAAUUUGUCUUUCCAAAUUGUAACCCCAUUUAUGUAACCCAUGUUAAUCUGCUGUCAGACCCAGAAAGUG